GCCCUUCCCUGAAUUGUGAGAUAAAUAUAUAAAUAAUAAAUAAAUAAAAUAGAAAGGGAGCGAAUUAUGCAAAGUCGGAAGUCGUAACAACAAAAUCUCCUCUACUUUCGUUUCCACUGCAGUUUUCCUCUCUCGCAAACGAAAAACCAUAGAAAACGAACAACAACAAACCCUCUUCUCCCCGAAUUACUUUCUUCACCAAAUUUAUCCCGUUUACCGAUUGAACGACCACCACCUAGUCGCCGCGACCUCAUAGUCUUCGCCGGCCAGCAGCUCCGAUUCCCAGGUCCACGACUCCCGUUCCGUCAAUGGAAGAGUACCGCCGUUGAAUCGGGCCAGCCAGAGGCAGGCGCAGCAAGGAAGAAAUUUGACGGACCUGCAGACAGACAGAGAGAUCUAAAGGACAUUCGAAAUUUGUAACUUUUUUAUGCUGUAAUGGGUGCCGCUGGUUCCAAACUUGAGAAAGCUCUUGGCGAUCAGUUCCCUGAAGGCGAGCGAUACUUCGGCCUCGAGAAUUUCGGCAACACUUGCUACUGCAACAGCGUCUUGCAGGUUCCCUCCCCUCUCUAUCUCCCCAAUCCUUGUCCGUUCGGCUGAUUGUCUUUUGUGGGGUUUCGAGUACUCCAAAUUCCCCCAAAACGUCUUUGUGAACCCCCAAUAUGCGUAUGGCCGUGGGUUUUUGGGGUUCUCUGCAUACGUUGCUAGCUGAAAUCUCCUAUGAAAAUUUAUGCUCUUUGUGGAAUAGAUGAUGGUGGAAUUUGUGAUUAGGUCAAGAUUGUUAUUAUUUUGCGCUAGAAUGGAAGUGGUUCAACUCCAGUUUCUGGGUUUCGAUUGGAGUCAUGAUUUACCCUUUGUGGAUGGUAUGUUCGUUCAGUAUCAGUUAACGUUCCUUUGAGUAUAUCCGAAAGUUGAUGAAUGAUGCGUGAAGAGUCCGCACUUCCCUCUGGUGUCAAUUUUGUAGAUAAUUUCAUUUCUCCAUAUUCUCAACUUUUGGCAUCAAUGUUCUUCAUCCCCCAAUUUCUCAUUUCUCGUUUUCUUGCUUUAUUGCUGCAGGCUUUAUACUUUUGUGUACCAUUCCGGGAACAAUUGCUUGAAUACUAUGCAAGUAAUAAAUCCACUGGGGAUGCAGAAGAGAAUCUCUUAACAUGUUUGGCAGACUUAUUUACACAGGUGAUUGUCUGACUAAAUAAUAUUUAGCUUGUAUCAUAUUCUAUUUUACAUACCAUUUCGAUAUUUAAGGAUCUUGAAUUCUGAAUGCUUCGUCCAAAAUAAUGGUAGACCUACCUCGCUUCAUUGUUCUAUAUGAUUAUUUGUUAAGGCAGGAUGUUGCAAGUGAAUGGUCCGCCUCUCUUUUUCCUCUCUAACUUCUCAAGGAAACAGCAAUAUCUUUGACUGUGUUCUAUAGUGUCAUUGUUGGAUUUUGUUGCAUUUGGAUUGGUUUCCCACAUUUACCUGCUGAAUCUUACGUAGCUCUUGCUUCGUCUGUUUUAAAGAUUCGAGCGGUCUAUUAUGUCUCUGCUUUCCUACUCCUGUUUAGUGGAAAAGGCCUACUCACCAGAUAAUUAUUUUCUUCUUCAUAUUUUCCUGCACCACCUAGUUAUUGGCAUUCUGGAUUCAUGUCAUACUUUCUCUUCUAUUUAGAUAAGCUCACAAAAGAAGAAAACUGGUGUCAUUGCACCCAAGCGGUUUGUCCAGCGACUGAAAAAACAGAAUGAGCUUUUCCGUAGCUAUAUGCACCAGGUAUGCCUUCAAUCUUUCAAACAAUUAUCUUGAGGUGCAUCCUGAUUAUAAUACAUGGUUUUCAUAGCCAUUCAUAAUAUUAAGGCCGAAUGAAACUGUCGAUUUUGUAGGAUGCUCAUGAGUUUUUGAAUUUUUUGCUCAAUGAACUUGUUGACAUUCUGGAGAAAGAGGCUAAAGCUGUUAAAAGCGAUACAGAAACUUCAUCUCCACCUGAAAAGAUUGCCAAUGGCUCAAAGACUGCUCUGCCGAAUGGAGUUUUGAAGGAGCCUCUUGUUACUUGGGUGCACAAGAAUUUCCAGGUGAGAUUCCUUAGUCUAUGCAUAUUCAGCUAUGAUAAUUACCUUGUUGGAAAACAAAAGCGUCCGAUAUGGUUUGCACUGAAAUCACCUUGGUUAUUUUUCUGUAUCAGGGAAUACUUACGAAUGAAACCAGGUGUCUGCAGUGUGAAACAGUGACAGCUAGAGAUGAGACCUUCUUUGAUUUGAGCCUCGAUAUUGAACAGAACAGCUCAAUAACUAGCUGUUUGAAAAAUUUUAGUUCAACUGAGACUCUGAAUGCAGAAGAUAAAUUCUUCUGUGACAAGUGCUGCAGGCAAGUUAUUUUACUAUCAUCGUCUGGCAUUUUGGUCUUCUAUGAAUGUUUACUUCUUCAUUAAAUGAUUGACAAUGACAUUGCUAGUUUCAGCUACUUGGUCCCAAACCUUCUUGGUCCGUCCCAUUGAGUCAUUGUUCCUCUUUCAAACAGCUAGUUAUUGACAUUAAAUCUUAUGGGGUUCAGUUGCAUGACAGUCUCCAAUGCAUCUGAUAAGUAUUAGCCUAAAAUUUCUAUUGAUCCUUGUCCUUGUACCAACUGCUUGGAAUGGUAAUUUAAGGCAUCUUGUUCUGUGCAUUCUGUCUCAUUGCAUACCAAAGUUUCUCUGGUCAUGUGUGCGUACUUUUCUCUUAUAGUAAAUUUGGUUUCUGGUAGUGAUCAAUGAAUUGAACGUUGUAUAGUAAUUGUUUGGCCUCCCUAAUGCUGUAUGGAAAUAUGCUGUGUGCAGCUUACAAGAAGCUCAAAAGAGAAUGAAGAUAAAGAAGCCACCCCAUAUUCUAGUCAUCCACCUCAAGAGGUUUAAAUACAUCGAGCAAUUGGGUCGUUACAAGAAGUUAUCAUACCGAGUAGUGUUCCCCCUCGAGCUGAAGCUGAGCAAUACAAUGGAAGAUUCAGAUAUCGAGUACUCGCUCUUUGCUGUGGUUGUACACGUUGGGAGUGGGCCCAACCAUGGACACUACGUCAGCCUUGUGAAGAGCCAUAAUCACUGGUUAUUCUUUGACGAUGAGAAUGUGGAGAUGAUUGAUGAGUCUGCCGUGCAGACAUUUUUCGGUUCAGCACAAGAGUACUCAAGUAACACGGAUCAUGGGUAUAUUUUGUUCUAUGAGAGCAUCACUGCUGCAAACAAGACUUGAAAAAGGAGAGAAGGUGGCCUUGAUGUUUUUUUUGCAAGUAGGUAACUUGAUUAAUCAUUUGGACUGGACUUCCCUCCUCUCUUUCGUGAACUUCCCUCUUCUCUUCUCCUUUGUUUUUUUCCCCCUCCCUUCUUUUUUCAUCCUCUUUCUAGCAGUUUCACUUUUUCAUGCCAUUUUAAAACUCUGCAAUCUCCAGCACUGGAGAUGCUAAGAUGGUUACAAGUUAUGAUGACGAUGAUGCAGUUGUUGAACAAAAUGUAUACUUUGAG